GAAAGUGGAAGCAAAGAGCCCUCGAAAACCUUCAGAAGUGUAUUUUGGGCCCUGCUGUCGCUGGAGGAGACUGAAGCCCCACAAAGGGCACUAGCAAGCCUUUAGUAGUGGUGGACUCUGCCACGUCGUGCCCAGCUCUGAAGCCUUGACGCCAGCCGGACUCCAGACCCAUGUUUACCUUACACACCCUCCUGGAGGAGCAGGACAGACUAAAGAAGAGGCUUGAGGAGCUGCAAAAGCUGAGAAAGGACCCCAAGAAUCCCUCCCAAGACAAGCUCCAGGUCCCAUUCCCGAUGCCUGAGAUCCCCCUGGUAUUUCGAGGCCGCACUCAGCAGGGCGAGGAAGCGCCCAAGUGUUUGCUUUCCAACCUGCGGAUCUGCUACCCUCUGCCUGGAGGCUCUGCUCUGGUCACCUUCGAUGACCCUAAGGUGGCCGAGCAGGUGCUCCAAAAAAAGGAGCAUAAGAUUGACGUGGCGGAAGAGUGCCGGCUGCGGGUACAGGUUCGGCCCUUGGAGCUGCCCAUGGUGACCACCAUUCAGGUGUCCAGCCAGAUCAGUGACCGGAGGGUGCUGGUCAGUGGGUUUCCUGCGGGGCUCAAGCUGAGUGAGGAGCAGCUGCUGGAUAAGCUGGAGAUCUUCUUUGGCAAGGACAGCAAUGGGGGUGGUGAUGUGGAGAUUCGAGAGCUGUUGCAAGGGGGUGCCAUGCUGGGUUUCACCAGGGAUGGAGUGGCCCAGCGCCUGUGCCAGAUUGGCCAGUUCAAGGUGCCAUUGGGUGGGCAACAGUUCCUUCUAAGAGUCUCUCCCUACUUGAGUGGGGAGAUCCAGAAAGCUGAGACCUGCUUCCAGCCAGCGCCCUGCUCAGUGGUGGUGUUCAACAUCCCCGACAUCCUGGAUGGCCCAGAGCUGCACGAUGUCCUUGAGAUCCACUUCCAGAAGCCCACCCGUGGGGGCGGGGAGGUGGAGGCCCUGACAGUUGUGCCUCCUGGACAGCGGGGCCUGGCGGUUUUUACCUCUGCAUCGGGCUAGAAGACUGUCCUUCUCAUCACCUCCUAGCCCCUCUGCCAAGGUUCUCAAACUAGGCUAGGGGUGGGUGCGUGGAAGAGAGAGACCUUUAUGCCUACCACAGAGGGCAGGGAUUAGAAAUUGCAAAACACUGCCCAAUAACAGCAAAAGUUCUGGGUAGCAUGAUGUUCUUCCUCACUUCAUUUCAUGAAAGGAAAUUUGAUUUGGGCCUGGAAGGGAGGGCCGGGGGAGGCCACAACCCUUCGGCUCUCAGCAGUGGCCUUCCAGCAGCUCACCUUCCCUUGCACUCUCAGAGGCAAUGGCCAGGACCAGGGUUUGGCUUUUUAUUGACACAAACACAAAGGCAGCUGCGGUAACGGGGUGGGGUACACAAAAGCAGAAAUCGCACUUCACAUGUUUAGACCUCUCCCCACACCUCCCAUCGGCAAUGGCUGGGGCAAUAAUCCUCCCUAACCCCAGCUUAGAAAGCAGAGGAGUUACACCCCUACCCCGGAAGUCCCCACUUUAGCUCCAGCGGCCUAGGUUCUACCCCCUCUUCCCUCCCAGUGCUAACUCCCCACCCAUGUAAACAAAGUUUGGGGCUGAGUCAAAAAAGCCACCUCCCUGCUCUGAGAAGGCAGUGGGAGCCCCCGUUGACAGCAAAG